AUGGCCUCAUCGGCACUGACGGCGCGCUUGGAGUUACGUAGCGUAACAAGUCUUGUAGAGGGGAAGCAGCAAACGCGGCUGCCUCUUCAUGUGAACCUGCGUCUUGGGGACGGCGCACUCUUUCGAUGCCCGUCUGCUGUGCUGCGUGGGGGUUCGCUGACCCUGUCAGAGCUCUUGGAGAGCGUGAAGGAAGAAGAAGAAGUGGCCUCACAACAGGUGGAGUUGCCGCUGCCGUCGGUGGACUCUGCUGUAUUUGAAACGGUUGCAUUGUAUUUGGAACAUUUCUACGGGUCAACGACUUCAACUUCACCGGGGGAGGAUAAGUCUAGUGUGGGCAAUCUUCAGAUAGUCAGACCGAGCACGCUUUCAAGACCGGUACACGUGCAGGAGCUUUAUCACCUCAGCGACUGGGAGCAUUGCUUUGUUGUUCAGCGACUGCUUAUGUGGCCUCAGAAUUUGUGGGAACUCAGCAGGGAAGGGCAGUGGGUGGACGCAGCUGCUGCGGCAGCGGGAUCCUCGCAGUCGGUGGGUCAAUGCAACGUUCAACACCUUUUGAGAGUUUUGGAGGCGGCAACAAUGUUGGAAAUGUCAUUCUUGCGUGAUCUGUGUGCGGCGGUGCUGUCCAACUUGCUGAUGGACGUGGAUGAGCAGGGCAUUCUGGAGUUGAUGGGGGUUACGGAAACAUUUGGGCCAGAUGAAGAGAGAGCCUUGCUGAACGAGUAUCCGUGGCUCAAAUUUUAG